CCCAUCGCAGUUGACUGUUUGAGCAGCCCACCCCUCUCUGCAGUAUGCAUGUUUGCCAGGGAAUCCGCGAAGCGCUCACGUCCCAGCAGUGUACUUCACCGGCGAGAGAUCAUCUACUCAAGAGUCGAGGAUAAUAAAAUUGGAUGUGGCAGGCGGACCGGAGGCGGAAAGCCCGGAGUGACUGGAGGAAUACAGUAUUACUACAGGAAUACAGGCUGCCGCUUUCCUCUGAACGUGGACAAUCAUGCAUGUGCUCUUCUGGGGCUUGGGGUUCCUACUAUUCCCUGAUUUCUUAAAUGUUGUUGCAUCUACGGGGAGAUUACUUUUGAAUUCAAGCACAGUAAAAGAGGAGAUCGGCGCUUAUGAGAUUGUAACACCGCUGCGAGUGAAUGAAGCCGGUGACAAGUUUCCAACCAGUGUGCACUUCAAGAGGAAAAGACGAAGUUUGGACGAGAGCACCGGCAAUAGUACGGAUCACUGGGCCUCGCCAAAUAUCCACUACAGGAUAUCUGCUUUCGGACAGAAUUAUCACCUCAACCUCACGCUGGAUUCGGGAUUUAUCGCACCUCUCUACAGCGUGACAGUACUUGGAGUACCCCGAGGAGAUAACAUAACGGAUUUUGCAACAGAUGCAGAGGUAGAGGAGGAGGAGGACACGGAGUUAAGGCACUGCUUCUAUAAGGGACAUGUAAAUGCACAAGCAGAACAUGCCGCGGUCAUCAGUUUGUGCUCCGGACUGCUUGGCACUUUCAGGUCUCCAGAAGGGGAGUAUUUUGUGGAACCCCUACACAGCUAUCAAGGAGAAUACUAUGAAGAGGAACACACAAAACCUCAUAUUGUAUACAAGAAGAGCCCACCCAAGAAACAACAGACAUCUGAGGAGAACUCAGCAUGUGACACUUCAGGACACAAACACAGACAUAAGAGACACAAGCUUAAGAGAAGGCCAGUAGCUGGGGUGACCACUGUGCCCGAUGCAGCCCCUGUGGUAGGUGCUGGUAUAUUCAAUGAUGUGGCGUCACUGAGUGCCGGCCUGGCCAGAGAUGCUUUGCUCAGAUCAGAGAGCGGCAGUGCUAGCGCUAGACCAUCAAAUGAUAGCAGUGGUGACUCAGGACCUCACAGGAGAUCAAAGCGCUUCCUCUCCUACCCGCGCUUUGUUGAAGUCAUGCUGGUGGCCGACAGCAAAAUGGUGGAGCAUCAUGGCAGCAACCUACAGCACUACAUACUCACAUUGAUGUCCAUAGUGUCUUCCAUCUACAAAGACCCCAGCAUUGGCAACCUGAUUAACAUUGUGAUUGUAAAGUUAGUCAUAAUAAACAACGAGCUGGAUGGUCCAGUCAUUUCAUUUAAUGCACAGACCACUUUAAAGAACUUCUGCAUUUGGCAGCAGAGCCAGAACAUCCUGGAUGAUAACCACCAUUCCCAUCACGACACUGCCAUCCUAAUCACCAGGCAGGACAUCUGCAGAGCAAGGGACAAGUGUGAUACCUUAGGACUUGCAGAGUUGGGGACGGUGUGUGAUCCGUACAGGAGCUGCAGCAUCAGCGAGGACAACGGACUUAGCACUGCAUUCACCAUCGCCCAUGAACUUGGUCAUGUGUUCAACAUGCCUCAUGACGACAGUAACAAGUGCAAGGAGGACGGAGUCAAGAUUCAGCAACAUGUGAUGGCUCCCACACUUAACUACAACACAAACCCUUGGAUGUGGUCCAAGUGUAGCAGGAAGUACAUCACUGAGUUCCUCGACACAGGAUAUGGUGAGUGCUUGCUCGAUGAGCCCGUUUCUAGGCCUUACAGUCUGUCGCAGCAGCUGCCUGGACGGAUAUACAACGUCAAUAAACAGUGUGAAUUGAUAUUUGGGCCGGGAACUCAGGUGUGCCCUUAUAUGACUCAGUGUCGGCGGUUGUGGUGCACCAGUCCAGAGGGUGCCCAGCGAGGCUGCAGGACCCAGCACAUGCCGUGGGCAGACGGCACUGACUGCUCCCCUGGAAAGCACUGCAAACACGGCCUGUGUAUAGCAAAAGAGCAUGACGCCACACCUGUGGAAGGGGCAUGGGGAGUUUGGAGUCCUUUUGGUACCUGUUCACGGACAUGCGGCGGGGGCAUCAAGAUUGCCGUGCGCGAAUGCAACCGACCCGUGCCCAGAAAUGGAGGAAUGUAUUGUGUGGGACGCCGAAUGAAGUUUCGUUCCUGUAACUCUGAGCCCUGCUCCAAGCAGAAGAAGGACUUCAGGGAGGAGCAAUGUGCGGCUUUCGAUGGCAGGCACUUCAACAUCAACGGUCUACCUCCUAAUGUCCGCUGGGUGCCCAAGUACAGCGGAAUCCUGAUGAAGGACAGGUGUAAGCUGUUCUGCAGGGUGGCCGGCAGCACAGCUUACUAUCAGCUCAGGGACAGGGUCAUUGAUGGCACGCCAUGCGGACCCGAUACCAACGACAUCUGUGUCCAGGGCCUGUGCAGGCAAGCGGGCUGUGACCACGUAUUGAACUCUAAAGCAAGGAGGGACAAGUGUGGCGUGUGCGGAGGUGACAACUCUUCCUGCAAAACUGUGGCAGGCACCUUCAACAUCGUCCGCUAUGGUUACAAUGAAGUAGUGCGAAUACCCAGUGGUGCUACAAAUAUAGAUGUGCGACAACACAGCUACUCAGGGAAACCGGAGGAUGACAACUACCUCGCCAUAUCAAAUAGCCGUGGAGAGUUCCUGCUUAACGGAGAGUUUGUGGUCAGCAUGUUCAAAAGGGAAAUCAAAGUAGGAAACGCUGUCAUCGAGUACAGUGGCUCUGACCACGUCAUUGAGAGAAUCAACUGUACUGACCGCAUCGAGGAGGAGAUUAUUGUCCAGGUGCUAUCUGUGGGCAACCUUUACAACCCAGAUGUCAGGUACUCCUUUAACAUCCCCAUAGAGGACAAACCGCAGCAAUUCUUCUGGGAUGCCUAUGGGCCCUGGCAGGAGUGCAGCCGCCUGUGCCAAGGAGAGCGCAAGCGGAAGAUUCUCUGUAGCAGAGAGUCAGACAGGGUGGUGGUGUCAGACCAAAGGUGUCACGGUACAGCUAGACCGGCCGUCAUCACUGAGCCCUGCAACACUGAAUGUGAACUCAGGUGGCAUGUGGCUCGUAAGAGUGAGUGCACGGCCCAGUGCGGCCUUGGAUAUCGUACCCUGGAAAUAUAUUGUGCCAAAAUCAGCCGUGCAGAUGGCAAGACCCAGAAGAUUGAUGAUCGCUACUGUAGUGGUCAGCGCAAACCUGAUGAUAAGGAAGGCUGCCAUGGAGACUGUAACCCCGGUGGCUGGGAGUACUCGCCUUGGUCAGAGUGCUCCAAGAGCUGUGGUGGGGGCACCCGCCGUCGAGGGGCAGUGUGUCGAAAGGCAGCCGAGGCCGGCAGUGAUGAGAGCAAAUGCAGUCAAAGGGACAAGCUGACCGCCCAACCCUGCAAUGAUUUCCUGUGUCCACAAUGGAAGACCGGUGACUGGUCUGAGUGCCUCGUGACGUGCGGGAAAGGCUAUAAGCACCGUCAGACUUGGUGUCAGUUUGGUGAGGACCGUUUAGAUGACCGCUUUUGUGGCUCAGCAAAACCUGAGUCUGUGCAGACAUGCCAGCAGCAGGAGUGUGCCUCUUGGCAGGUUGGACCCUGGGGACAAUGCACUACCUCGUGUGGGCCAGGCUACCAGAUGCGAGCGGUGAAGUGUGUGGUUGGCUCUUAUGGGGCUGUCAUGGAUGACACUGAAUGUAAUGCUGCCACCCGACCCACUGACACCCAGGACUGUGAACUGGCCCAGUGUCCCAGCAGCCACCCUGUUCCCCCAGGGACCAAAGUCCCCUCCCACCAGGGCCACAAAACCCAGUGGCGUUUUGGUUCCUGGACCCAGUGUAGUGCCAGCUGUGGCAAAGGUACGCGGAUGCGUUAUGUGAGUUGCCGUGACAACCAGGGUGGAGUGGCAGAUGAGUCGGCCUGCGCCCAUCUACCAAAACCCCCUGCCAGAGAAGUGUGCUCAGUAGUGGCCUGCGGACAGUGGAAAGUGCUGGAAUGGACAGUGUGCUCAGUGACCUGUGGCCAAGGGAAGACGACACGGCAGGUACUGUGCGUCAACUUCAGUGACCAAGAAGUGAAUGCUAAUGAGUGUGACCCAGACGAUCGUCCUACCACAGAGCAGGACUGCGCUAUGUCUCAAUGCCCGUCCCACUCCAGUGAGUCCCGACCUUUCCCGUCCUCACCGAACACCAGCACCAGGAACAACCUGCCCCGUAGCCAAUCUCACCAGUGGCGGACUGGACCCUGGGGCGCGUGCUCCAGCACAUGUGCAGGAGGUUUCCAGCGGCGUGUAGUAGUGUGCCAGGAUGAGAAUGGGUACCCUGCCAACAGCUGUGAGGAUCGCAGCCGGCCCAAUGAGCAACGAUCCUGUGAGUCAGGGCCAUGUCCACAGUGGAUCUAUGGCAACUGGGGAGAGUGCACCAAGCCAUGUGGCGGUGGGAUAAAGACGAGGCUGGUGGUGUGUCAGCGUCCAAACGGCGAACGUUUCAAUGAUCUGAGCUGCGAGAUCCAUGACAAGCCACCAGAUCGUGAGCAGUGCAAUACUCAGCCGUGCCCGUCUAGCCCCCACUGGAACACAGACCCAUGGAGCUCGUGCUCUGCCUCCUGUGGAAGAGGGUUCAAGUCUCGUAAGGUGAGCUGUGUGACCGGGUCAGGCCGCUCUGUCCCAGAGGAAAACUGCCAGACUCUGUCCCCCAAACCGAGCAAGCAGAGGCGCUGCCGAGGUGGACGGUGUCCCAAGUGGAAGACUGGCAGCUGGAGAGAGUGUUCAGCAUCGUGUGGCGACGGCAUCCAGCGUCGGGAGGUGUUCUGCCAGGAUGGAGACCGACGGAGCCCGCUAGAGAGCGGCUGCUCGCAGCGAUCCAGACCAGCGUCCAGCCAGACCUGCCGGGUCGCUCAGUGCCCCUCUCGGUACCGGUGGAGAGAAGGAGAUUGGCAGACGUGCAGUAAGUCGUGUGGGGCGGGCCACCGACGGCGAGCCUUGCAGUGUGUGGACCACAACCAGCAGGAGGUCCAUGAGAUGUACUGUGUGAAUCAGAUCAGACCUCCAGACAUGGAGAGCUGUAACAGCCAGGCCUGUGAGUUAAUCUGGAUCACAGGGGAAUGGACAGAGUGCUCAGCCAGCUGUGGACAGGGCUACCGGCAGCGUCUGAUCUCCUGCAGCGAGGUGCAUGUGGAGAAUGACAACUAUGAGUACGGCCAUCAGUCUCUGUCCAACUGCCCCGGGACCCCCCCUGAGAGCUACAUGCCUUGUAAUUUGGACCCGUGCCCACCGCCACAGAAGUGGAGGGUUGGAAUCUGGGGACUGUGUUCAGUGAGCUGUGGUGAUGGGGUGAUGGAGAGGACGGUGCAGUGCGUGUCCACGGAUGGCCAGGAAAGCAAUAGGUGUUCUCUAGACGCCAUGCCAGAGGACAGAAAAGUCUGCAGAAAUCCAGCCUGCCAUUUGCCUUCUAGCUGUCGAGACGUCCAGAGCGCGCACGGCCCCCUCCCAGACAGCGAACACUUUCUCAAUGUUCAAGGAAAAGCACGCAAGGUCUACUGUGCAGGAAUGCAGACGGAGACUCCACAGGAGUACAUCACCUUGACAACGGGAGAAAGGGAGAAUUUUUCAGAGAUCUUUGGCUUCAGGCUCAAUGACCCCACCCAGUGUCCAGCCAAUGGCUCCAGCAGAGAGGAUUGUGACUGUCGGAGAGACUACACCGCCGCCGGUAUCACCACCUUCUCCAAAGUGCGCCUGGACCUCAGCAAAAUGAACAUCAUUACUACAGAUUGGCAGUUUGCUUUCACCCGUGAAGGCAAGAGUGUUCCAUUCGCUACAGCUGGAGACUGCUACAGCGCCGCACGCUGUCCACAGGGGCAGUUUCGGAUCAACCUCUCAGGAACAGGUUUUAAGGUGGCUGAGGACACCUCUUGGACCUCCCAGGGCAACUAUGCAGUAGCUGAUAUACAAAAAUCACAGGAUGGCAGCAGAGUGUCAGGAAUAUGCGGAGGCUACUGUGGGAAAUGUACUCCAUCCUCUGGCUCCAGCCUGCCUCUAUCAGUGGAAUAGAUCUAAUACCGUCAAACAGGUGGCCUUUGUGUCAGGACAUCCCUCCUCUUUGGUGCUACAGUAAAAUCAGAGCUCAAAACCAUCCUCCACAUGACCUCUUUUAUUCCCGUGUGUAUAGUGUAAAUUAAUCAGGUGUAAGUACUGUACAUAGCAGGAUAAAAAUUUCUUAUUUAUUGUACUCUCUCCAUUUAUUUUUGUAUUGUAAUAUAGUUUUACUCUUUUGUUGUUUGUGUAAACACUACACAGUUGCCAUUUAUCAGAUUUUUUUUGUUGUUGCCAGAAUGUGCCUUCCAAUUUGGUUAUUUGCCAUUUGGACUUGUUAGUACUGUCAUCACUCCACACUGCUACACUGUUACAGCCAUAUGUUCCUUUUGAGACCAACUCAGUCAGUUGUGUUUUACACUAAUCUCAUUGUUGUGAUGGUCACCUGUCCUUUUGUUCAUAGGCAGUGAGGUGUCUCCAAUCAAUGGGUCUUUUUUUAUAACCCUUUAUCCCUUCAGGCACUAUUUGCAGACACGUGGAUAGUCUUGUUUUACACUGUGUGCUAUUAAGUAGCUCCUUUAGACAAUUUUUAUUUUGGUUUAGGGAACGUCCCAGUUUCUUAGUUUGACUGUAUUUCCCAUUUAGAUGUCAAGUACAUCGAUCCUUACAGUUCUCAGUUGAGGGCAACUGUUGCCCAGAAACGUCCUCUGGGAUGCUGCACUCUGUGGCCGUUUACAAAAUUCCACGCCUCCUUCACCAGCACACUUUUCAUCUCAAUUUACUUUUGAGGUGUUGUAUUUGUAGCCAAUCAAAUUUAAAACCCAGUAUUAUAAACCUGCAUCUCUCCAGCUGUUAACUGCAGCAAUAAACAACAACAACAUCGUGAGACGUUUACCCAUAGAAACGCGCCAACACAAACCCACUGGAACACAUUACUGGAUCCUAAGGAGAAGGUUGUAGGUUACAGGCGCUGUAGAGAUUACCCUGCCAGACAUCAGAAAGAGCCAAAUUCCUCUGUGUUCUUGCAUGUCUCCCAGGUAGCGUGCAGUGACCACAGAGAGCCAUUAGCCUUUAGCUUUUACAGAGCAGACAGGUUAUCUUAUCUGGAGCAACUUGAAAGAAUUCAGGAAAGAAAGACUUCACCUCAGGCCAAUAAAAUUCCAGUAGGUACUCCGGAGAUAUAAUGCACUGGUCGGGCCCUGGAGACACCUCUCAAACUGCUGAGCUCAUUGGCCCUACAGCAUGAUUUCUGUCCAGAUGCUGCCCAUAAAACUGUUGCCGUCUGUACCUCACAUUCUUCUCUCCAUAUUUGUUUUUAAGAGUCUGUCCAAACAUACUAAUAUGCACCUGCUUAGAGCAUUCUGACUUCUGUUUUUGUGACUAUAUCAGGGUACUUUUUGUGUAUAUGUCUGUAUGCUUUCGUAUCUCUUUAGCCAGUUUUAUACAGUUUGUGAGCAUUUUUUGUUGUUGCAGAAACAUUGAAAGACAGGAAGAAUUCAGCCAACCUAGUCUUACAUUAUUUAAGCCCUAACUGUGUGUAGGGUACAUACUGUAUGUACAACUGAUGAAGAAGCCAUAUUUGUUUUUAUAAGCCUUCCUGCAUAUGGUGCUAUUUUAGUGCCUUAUGUGAUAAUGUGCAGACUUCAGCCAAAGGGAAUGUCUUAAUCUGCCGUUACACUAGUAUGAAAUUAUUUCUAAUGACAUGGGGGAAGUAAACAUUUUGUGUCUUGUGAGAAUUAUAGUUCAGUCAAUAGAGUUCUCAGGUGUCAUAAGUGUAUUUAACGUACUUUACACAUUUGCUGCAUGUUUAUCAGGUAACUCAAAAUAUAUUAAGUUUAACAACUUACAGUGUCAUUAUAUAUGCUUUAUUUUAUAUGCAAAUAUUUAUUUCACCUUUUCUUUAUGUGAAUGUAAAUAGACUUUGGUCAUAAAUGACUAUUGAUUACCAUGCAGUAUUGCCAUAAAAUGAACUGUCUGCCAACACAUUUUCUAUUUUGUGAAUACAUUUAUUUAUCAUAUCUGCAUAAACGGUAUAGGCAGAGUGCUGCCAUAUGAAAAGCAUGAUUUAUGUAUGAGAUCAGAUAAGGCAAUGAUCAGAAGGAAAUAAAAUGCCUGCCACAUGACA